GUAAAAAGAACCUUCGGAGAGAAUCUCGACGCAGGAACCCCUAUUCUCAAAGAGGGCUUACUCCAGUCUUGGCCUAUUCCCGCCCCGUUAGGAGCCGGCGCAACGCGACUUGCGUGCCGUUGUUGUGAAUGGGGGAAGGCGGGGUUCUCCUACUCUUCGUGCAUAUGUGUGUGUGUGCGCGCGCGCGCGUGUGGCGGUAGUGGUGGCGGCAGCGGCAGCGGCGGGAGGAGGAUGAUGUCAGCCUGCGAAUGUCAACAAUGUAGCGAUUGAGGCGAGUAGGCGGCGUUCCUUUGGGAAGAGCGCGAGCCACUGGGAGAGUCAGCGUAGCCUACAGAACGGGGGCCGCAGGAGCAGCAACGAGCCGCCGCCUUGUGCAGACAGCCCCCCGAGCUCUUCCGCGGCAGAGCAAUUUCUGCCUGGCUCCCCUUCCUCCCCAUUACACACACUCUCUCUCCCCAUCACCCUUCUUGCUGCUGCUGCAGCCUCCGCCUCCUCCUCCUCCUCUAAUUUCCCUCUUCCACCUCCCCGCCCCCUCCCUUUUAUAUGCAUAUGUGUUACUUUCCCCCCUCCCUUUCCCCCUUUUCUCUGCAAGACUUUGCCUCGGGAAGCAGCUGGGUUUGUUUUUGGUCGCUGCUGCUGCUGCUCCUGCUGCUCCUGCUGCUGGUUUGUUUCAAAGGAAUCGGCUUGUGACCCUUUUUCGAUGCACAUUUUCGCCAGACCACCUCAGCAACCAGAGAGCCCUCAAAGGAGAUUCGGGUCGCUUUCACCACCCAGGUUCUUUCGCCUCCUUUCAAACACUUGCGGAAAACACGCGGAGCCAGCGAAAGUUACGGUGCUAAAGAUUGCUGAACAGCCAGAAGAUCAUCCUGUGAAUCUUACAGUGUUCAUAUCUUCAUGGAUUUCUGUAAUCGAUUAAUUUCUCCGUAUAUCCACUUCCCUGUUUCGUGAGAAUAUUAGCCAGCACAGAUUCUGAGAAAAUUACAUGGUGUGAACGGUAUGUCUGUGGAUGAGAAGACUGAAUCCCCCAUGUAUGUGUAUGAGUCAACAGUCCAUUGUACCAAUAUCCUCCUAUGCCUCAAUGACCAACGGAAGCAGGAUAUUCUCUGUGACGUGACUUUGAUUGUGGAGGGCAAAGAAUUCCGAGCCCACCGGGCUGUGCUGGCUGCAUGCAGCGAAUACUUCUUGCAGGUGUUAGUCGGGCAGACGGAAAAUGACCUGGUUGUCAGUCUGCCAGAAGAGGUCACUGCCAAGGGAUUUGGUCCGCUGUUGCAGUUUGCUUACACUGCUAAGCUAUUACUCAGCAGAGAAAACAUACAAGAGGUCAUCCACUGUGCCGAAUUUCUACGUAUGCACAACCUGGAGGAUUCCUGCUUCAGCUUCCUUCAGACCCAGCUGCUGAACAAUGAAGAUGGCCUGUUCCUGUGCAAAAAGGAUCUCACCUAUCAGCGGAUGCAUGAAGAUGAGAACUCGGAGGGAGAAGAGGAAGAAACUAUGGAGUCAGAGACUUCAAAGAUAUCUUGUUCAAGAGACAGAAUGCACUCAGAGCCCUUUGACUUUGAACCCGCCACGUCUGGAGCCAGUAAGGAGGAAGGAAUGUUACCAGACUCGGAAAUACUGGUGGAUGACGGCAAGGAUAGUUUGGAUAAAGAAGUAGUAACACGGUACCCCAGGUAUAAGAAAUACCAGCUAGCUUGUACCAAGAAUGUCUACAACACAUCACAUGUUAGUACCUCAGGUUUCACAAGCACAUUCAAUGAAAAAGGUUCAGGUGAUGACCUCAAACCAGAACUUGCUGUUGGGCAAAUUAAAAGUGAGCCUAGGAAUGAGGAAAACGAUGAAGACAACAUCACACUUUGCCUCUCUGGAGAGGAGACUAGUGUCAGGGAUAAAGAAGGGGAUGUUGAAAUGGACCGAAAGCAGCCAAGUCCCAAUGGAGCUGGCAGGUCUAAAAACAGUUCCUCUCCUUCCUGCCUAAGAUCUUUCUUCAACCGAACAAAAACUAUAGACUUAGAUGGCUUCCCAACUACUUCCCAACAGCACUUUGCCAGAAAUCCAGCAUGCCCUUUUGACAAGGGGACAACUCAGGGUGACCAUAAAGCUGAUUAUGUCCCUUUUGUGGGCAGUUAUGGGCUCUCCCAAGCUGUUCAGAAGGAUGCUUCCAGUUUUACAGUGGGAUCACCUCUAAGAAGUCCUGGCUUUGUUGAAGGCCUCUGUAAGCAGGAAGGUGAGGUGGACAGGAGGACCGUUAUAUUCUCUUCAAAUGUUUGUGACCAAGUAAACCCUUCGGUGCAUUCAUAUUCUGGCAUGAGCAGCUUGGAUAAAGAUCUCACCGAGACUGUGCCAAAAGGCCUGUGGGCAGGAAGCAGCCAAUCUCUUCCCAGUUGCCAGACCUAUGCUCAUAUUGGACAGACAGCUGACCAUUUCCCAGGACGGAUGCGGCCCAACACCAGCUGCCCAGUGCCAAUUAAAGUUUGUCCUCGGUCUCCUCCCCUGGAAACUAGAACAAGGACCUCCAGUUCAUGUUCCUCCUACUCUUACGCAGAGGAUGGCAGCGGUGGUUCUCCCUGUAGCCUGCCUCUGUGUGAGUUUUCAUCUUCCCCCUGUUCUCAAGGAGCUCGAUUCCUGGCCACUGAGCAUCAGGAGCCGAGCAUGAUGGGAGAUGGAAUAUACAGCCAAGUCAGACCCCAGAUAAAAUGUGAGCCAUCCUAUGGAACAAACUCUAGCGAUGAGUCUGGAUCGUUCUCUGAAGCAGACAGUGAGUCAUGUCCUGUGCAAGACAGAGGACAUGAGGUGAAACUUCCAUUUCCUGUAGAUCAAAUCACAGAUCUUCCAAGGAAUGAUUUCCAGAUGAUGAUAAAGAUGCACAAAUUAACCUCAGAGCAAUUGGAAUUUAUCCAUGAUGUUCGACGGCGCAGUAAAAACCGAAUUGCUGCCCAGCGCUGUCGCAAGAGAAAACUGGACUGUAUUCAGAAUUUAGAAUGUGAAAUCCGCAAAUUGGUUUGUGAGAAAGAGAAACUUCUGUCAGAGAGGAACCAGCUGAAAGCAUGCAUGGGAGAGUUAUUAGAUAAUUUCUCCUGUCUUUCUCAAGAAGUAUGCCGAGAUAUGCAGAGCUCCGAACAGAUCCAAGACCUUCACCGAUACUGCCCUGUGCUCAGGCCUAUGGAUCUUCCAACAGCAGCUAGUAUCAACCCUUCAUCAGGUGGAGUGGAUCAAAAUGUAGUGACAUCCCAGUGCAUUGGAGAAGGCUUGCAGUGCUGUUCAGAACAAAGACCAGUGCAGCAGCUGGGAGCCCACUGGCUACCCAACAACAUCUCUGACAAAUGUGCUGCAAGAGGACCGGAUGAAGCUGACAAAGUUACUUAUUCUGAGCAGGAGCUCCCUCCAGAGCAGAAUAACCAAACGGUGACCAUGGAUUUCUGUCAGGAGAUGACUGAUAAGUGUACAACAGAUGAGCAGCCUAGGAAGGAGUACACCUAGUGUUUGGUAUACCUUUUACAUCCCACCCAGCAAGGUCUCUUCAGUCAGUCAGUGGCCACAAUCAUUUGUUGUCUAUAUUGAAGAACACACUUGGUGCACACUACAGUGGUCUUAGCAGCAAUACUGUUUUUAAGUAUUCCAUCCUCUCUACAAAGCAGGAGUUCAACUUCUUCACUAUGGUGCUAUCCCAUGCUCAGGCAGGGGAACAAAGCAGUGGCAACACUGUCUGAUUCUUUUUUAUUGUUGUUGUUAUUGUUACUGUGUUUUAAUUUCAAUAUUCAACAGGGAUGGACAUAACACCUCUGAGGAUCCAAACGCAGCUUUUUCUCAGUGGCCCAUGUCACAAAACCCUAACUCAGGAAUUUCCUCUGAAUGUUCAAUUUUUCAUUGAAGACAGCUUCUUUACACAUCAAAGUUUUAUAGCUAAACUGUACAUAUAAAUAUAUAUAUAGUAUAUAUAAAAUAUAUAUCCAUAUGCAAAAAAAAAAAAACCCUGCAUGGCUCAGAAUUUUCUCAUGAAACAACUGGAAUUUUAAAUUUCUAUUGUAUAAAAAAAUUCCAACAUUCCUUUCUUGGUCUAUGCUAGAAGUAGCUUGUAUAUGUUUUAAUACACCCCCCCCACACACCGGCACUCAGUUCACGGUUCAGCAAUAUCAUCUAGUUUGUACUUUAUUUAUAAAGUUUCAAUGUUGGAAACUUCUUUGAAUUUUUAAUGUGGGACAAUGUUUUUGGCACACCUAACAUUUUGUGCCCGUUUGAGCAAAGUGGAUUUUAUUCUUAUCUUUCUCACAGAUACUGUAUAGCAAUGGUCAAUUUUGCCACUUGCACUGAGUUUUGAAUCAAACCUCAUUUCAUAAAUGAAGUUGUGACUUCAAUAUAUUUCACAUAUUUUAUUCAUUGCUUUUUCUUUUCUUUUUUUUUAAAUUCAGCAAACUAGGGGGGAAAAAAACCUCAGGAGUUGAUUAUGUGAUGAAUUAUUAGUCUUGCCAAAUAUGGAAUUUCUCUUAAUAGUGUGAAUUGGGCAUUCAUUGUAUUUAUUUUUGUUUCUUCUUUUUUUUUUCUUUCAAAUUAAGCCAAAUGGUAUAGUGUAUAUUAUCAAUGCUGAGAACUAAGUCAGUUUUUCCCGAGCUGGAUAUGGUGACUGGAAAUAGUGAAAGUUGUAUCACAAUGCAUCUGAAGGAUACCAGGCUCAGAAAAGAGGAUGUAAGGCAAAAUUGCUUAGAUUCAGUGGUUUCAUGUCUGUCAGCAAGCUUAAAUCAAGGCCUCCACUCCAGAUCUUGCAUUAUUAGUGUUUAUUAUUUCUCCAAUGGUUCUACUUCAGGAGUCUUCAAACUUGACCCUUUGAUGACUUGUGGACUCCAGCUCCCAGAAUUCCUCAGCCAGCAUGCCUGGCUGAGGAAUUCUGGGAGUUGAAGUUCACAAGUCAUCAAAGGGCCAAGUUUGAAGACCUCUGUUUUACUGUAUAAUUCCACUUAAAGCUGCCUUAACACAGAUGCUGAUUGCAGUGAUAUAUUAGGAUUUACUAUUCUGGCCUGUACUGGCAUCAGCUCAAAAUUGCUGAUUCAGAUGCUCUGAGAAAUGAAAAACAGUGUCCAUUCAUAGAGAACCGCAUUUAGAGCAAUUAUGAGUCUUAAAGGUUGAAAAAUACCAUCUCUUAUCAAAAAUAGAAUACUGAUCAAUAUAGAAAACAUGAAAUGUGAGUGAAGGAAUAGUUGCAAAAAUAUUAAAACCACAGGUCAUCCUUGACUUACAACUGGUCCUCACAUGACCAUGGGCCAACAUCUCCAGGAUCUCAUGAACAAAAUUUGGGUAUUUGAUAACCAGCAUGUAUUAAUGGCAGCUACAGAAUCCUGAGGUCAUAUGCUUGCCGUUUCCAACCCUCCCAGGGCACUUUUGAUAAGCAAAGUCCAUUGGGAAAGCCCGAUUCUCUUAAUGAUCAUAUAAUUCACUUAACAUAUGAAAUGAUUCACUUAACCAUGGCAAAAAAGGUCAUAAAAUCAGGCACAACUCACUUAACCAUCUUGCUUAGCCAAUGGAAAUUCUGGCCUCAGUUGUAGUUGUAAAUUGUGGACUACCUGUGUAAAAAAUUCACUCAGCUCUAGCUGAUUUGCCUCAUACAAUGAUUAUGCAAAAUUACUUGCAAACAUAACUACUCACGCUCAGGAAAACAUUUUUCCUAUUGAACUAGUUGAACAGGUAAUCGUCAACUUAAAACGAUUCGUUCAGCAAACCAGGUCCUCCUCCACCCCAUGCUCUGUAUAAAGCAGGGGUCUUCAAACUUGGCCCUUUUAUGAUUUGUGGACUUCAACUCCCAGAAUUCUUCAGCCAGGCACGCUGGCUGAAGAAUUCUGGGAGUUCAAGUCCACAAGUCAUAAAAGGGCCAAGUUUGAAGACCCCUGGCAUAAAGCCUGCAGUGAGAAGAGGUGGAAGAAGAGAGGGUGCCUUGCAACAACUUAAUGAUCAUCAUUCUGGGCUUAAUUGUUAUAAGUCGAGGAGUACCUGUAAAUGGAAGUGAUCUGAAAGGAACAUUUUAUGUAAUUUCAAUGCACACCAACAAGAUUUAUGCAGGAUAUUUGUUUCUGAUUCUGUCCUUCUGUUUUUAAAUAUUACUUUUUACUUUCACAAUAACAUUCUCUGGCCUGUAUUCUAAGGUGGCAUUAAUCAUUUACAGAUUGGUACUAUUUGUUGUAUAUUAGGCUAUGCUGAACCACCAGGCACAUUUCGAUGCAGACAGCUUUUCUGCUAACCAUGGACAACGCAUUCCUCAAAGAUACUGUUUACAUUGAGUGACAGUCCCUCGUUCAGCAAAGCAGCAUUAUUUUUCUAGCAGAGAAAUCAGCAUCUUUUUCAAAUGUGGGGCAUGCAGACAAUUAGGCGGUCCUGUUUCUGCAGUAGACUCUACAUUCAUUGUACUCUUCCUGCCAACUAGGAAGUAGAUACAUUGCAUAGUCCACAUUUAUUGAGUGAAAAGGGUGGGGCAUCCCUAUGUAGGAUGGAGAUACCAUAUUUUUAAACAUAUAUUAUUUAAAUAUUAAGCAUUUGUACAGUAUAAAACGAAUACACUUAUUACUAACUCUCCAUAUAUUUAUCUAUGUCAUAUGGAUGCUAGUUCAAACUGAAAUGUUUUAGAUGGGAACUUACUUUGAAAAUAUAACUUUAUACUAGAAGCUGUCAAAUAAAAUGUUUGGGAUGAGGAAUUAUGUAGAUAAUUCUUGUCAUCAGUUGACAUUGAAGAACCCUUUGCUGCUUCUCAUAAAACUUAACUUCCGUCAUGCAGUCAAUGAUGGAAGCUAAGAUUUCAGGCAACGUGUGAAUUUCAUAUUUUCACAGCAAUUGAGAAUAUUUUGUUUUUAAUCCUGUUGGCAGUAUUGUUCAAUACUUUUUGUUUUUUAAGUGACUUCUAAGUUGUAUUUGUUAUGGAUAUACAAUUCAGGAUGUUCCAGAUGGACAGCUCCUUUUUACUAUCCAUCAAUAUUUGGCUAUUUUAUCUUUUUCUUCUGAAUAACGAAAGAUAUGCUUGGGGAAGGGGGAAUAAAGAAGAAAUGGAAAGCAUGUUUGUACAUAGAGAUCCCUCACUUCAAAUAAAAUUUCAUGAGCAGGGCUAAAUAAUUGCAAAAUAAAAGCUUCAUCUGGCAGCAUCUCACACUAGAUUCUAACCACUUGAUAUAGAGAUUUACUAUUAUACCAACUCACGUGCAAAUGGUACUUUUGACCUCAUUUUAUUGGUUUACAUGUAAUAGAUAAAACAUGUUCUACAGUUAUUCUAUUGACCUGGCUCUUUCACUAAUUCCGAGCCUUUUACUCCUCCUCCUUCUCUACUCCCGCCUCCCCUUCUGUAUGUUUUUUUUUAAAUCCGCUACUCUGUUGUUUCAACCUUUUUGCUUUUCUUUAUGUUUGCCUGUUCAUUUAGAAGUAUAUAUUAGCUUCAUUGGACUCUCUCUUGGGUAUGGUUUUUCAGAACCAUAUGUGAUUCUUGGGUUAAUUUCUUAGAAUUAUUUUCAGAACUGGACACAAAUUGAAACAUUAAAAAUUAUGUUAGGCUAAAGGAAAAUUAGAGAGCGGGGGGGGGGGGAGAGAACUGACCAAAAAUUUUAUUUUUAGUUAAAAGUAAGCAUGCAUUGUUGAAGCAAAGAACAGUACUGGCUGUUAAGUCAUGUAGGGAUUGAUGUGAAGUCUUGGUUUUAUGUUCCCAUGAUAAUCAGCAGCUGCUUUUGCACUGAUGUAAGGAAUGAGCAAAUAUAUAUAUAUAUAUAUUUGGCCCUGUCCAGUCUGCAUAUUCUCCUUUUAAUUUGCCUUUGCUGUGCUUUCUGUUCUUAGAAAACCUCAUUUCAUUUAGACGUUUUCUGUUUUUGUCAGGUGAGUAUUACACUUACAUAAAUAGUUACAUUCUCUAGGGGGUGCCUUGAAUAAAGUUGAAGUUCGUUGAAACCUGAUUCUGGAACAAAAGGUUAGUUUUUUUUCAGUCAGAUUCCCAAAAUAUUCUGAUAUUUAUGUCCUAGGCCUAAUAUACGAUGACUCAAGUAUCAGAGUUUGAUGCUGUAGUAUAAAAUUAUGAUAUAUUACACAGUAAAUUAUUUGAAGUCUUUCUAAGAAAUAUAUGCUGCUUUUUAAAGAUGCACUUUUUUUGGAUCUAAUCCAUCUAUUUUAUUCCCAAGGAAGUAAAAAUUGAAAAAAAAAAUGGAAUACAGAAGCCAAUGUGAUCAGUAUUCCAAUUUUUGUCUCUUGAAAAAAGACGGUAGGAGCUAUCUAAACUUAAUAAAGCCAGUUCCGCUACUGACAGUGUAGCCGCUGAAUAUUACAUUCAGCUUACUGCAAUAUCACAAAAUUUAAAAGAAUAUUAUAGGGAGUUUUAAAGAAAAGUGUUUUUGAAUGCUCAAAAAUACUGCAUUCGAUCAUUGUAGUUAUACCCAUUUAUACAUCAUUGUGAUGUGAAAAGCCGCAUGGGUGGAAUUUCAGUUGAUUUUUUUUUUAAUUUUCAGCUUUCUUUUUUUUUUCUUCCCUAAAUAGAGUAUGAUAACUAAUCCUCAUAGCAACUGGUUAAAUUUAUUUUUUUAUCUUUGGUGUGCCAGUCAAUUUUUAUGGCCUUUAGUAUAGGUUAAUCUAAUCCUGAAGCCGGCUGGUCUUUUUCUUUUACUGGUGUAUGUUUCUAUUUCAGAACAACGGACAGGUUUAGCUUCUCCCGAAGCUACAAAUAUUCUCUAUAUUUUCUAACAGGUUUAGCCUAUACAGCUACAGUAUCCUUUAAGCAGCAGGCUAGUAAGUAGUUUUGUGAAGCCUAUGCAAGCAUGAAAUUCUCAACAAUCUAGCUCAGACCAAUGACUCCAAGAGGCAGUUUUCACACGCACACAAAAGAUCAGGAUUUGUGUUUGUUUGAUUGCUUAUUUCACUGCCAUCUCUUUAAAUGUGUACAUUUAAAAAGUUUGAGUUAGUGAAGACAGAUAAGAAAGGAUGUUACUUGAUGUAGCCUUAGGAAAGCUCUGCUAAAAAAUGUGGUAGCUAAUUUCUAUCUACAAUAUAAAAUCAGUAUGUGUAAUUUUGCUUGUUUAUAUUAUGUAUAUUUAUAACUGAAUUAUUUUGUGACACAGGCAUCAAAUAAUGCUGCAGAAUACAGUUGUACAUAUGUUAAAUCCAUUCAAACAAUUUUUAUGUAUAUUAAAAAUCUAUAGUUUGGUGGAUUGUAGACUACUAAUAAAUUAUUAUAACUUUCUCUGGAAGUUAGAAUGUCAUUGCUUGCCGUGUAAAAGAAUUACAGUAUUUUCCUACACUCCACCAAUAUUAUAUAUAGAUAGAUAGAGAGAUAUCAGAAUAAAACUAGUGAUAUGUAUUUGUUUUUAAAUUAUAAUGCUCAUGUGGUUCUACCAUUGUUGUGAUGAAAGCCACUUUUUCUAGUGGGGAGUAAUUAUUCAAAUUUCUUCAAACUGAAAAAAAAAUAGAUAAUAACUUUUUAUUAUCAAUGCCUCACUAAUAUCAGCUCUUUUAUAUAUAGGUCCAGUUUACAUAAUGUUUAAACACCUAUGCAGUGUAAUAAAAUAAAUUAUAUGAAAGUUUGUUCAGCUUGACCCUAUGCAUGUUUACUCGAAAGUAAGUCUCACUGAGUUCAAUGGAGCUUCUACCCGGAUAAGUGUGCAUAGGAUUGCAGCCUUAUAAAUAAUUUUUUUAAAAAAAAAAAUACUUUAAGGAGUUUGAUGAAAAUCCAUUUCUCUCAUCACUCAAAACUUGAAACGGUUCAAGUGAUUUUGGAGUCAAUGGUUCAUUUAACUUUGAAGGCAAUUGGGAUUGGAAACUUCGCCUAGAAGUUCCCUGUCUUUAACAGGUGAAUUCAAAUUUGAGGAGCCAGACUGAAUUUCUGGAUUAUUCCACACAUUUAGAGUUCAGUGCUUUGUUGAUAAUGAGUGUGGGUUCUUGUGCAUUUAUACAGUUACGAAAAGGAUAAGGCGUUCCUCAAAAACUGAUAUCUAAUACGUGUGUUAUGAAUAAAAAUAUCUGGACUCCUCCAGUCGGCGGAAAUUACACCCAGUAGUUUGGAGAUCUCUGGAUGCUGGUUUCUGCCAUUCAAUUCAAGGCUCAUCUCUGAUUACAAGGGGGAGGAGAUCCCCAAGAGUUUGUUCCAGAACCAGUGGGAUAAAAGUGCACCUCUACUAUCUAUGCCUUACAAACUUCAGAGGCCAUAUUCAAAACAGGGUUUUAUCAGUGUAUGCAAGGGGUUGCAACCCCUCUUCUCUUCCUCCCCACCAGGUCAGACAGUAUGGACAGUUCUCACACAUAUCUACCUGUAUAAUCUUCUGUACCUCUCAUAACUGGUCAAUGACUGUAACAAGUUGCAUCAGGUGUUUUUCUAUAUACUUUUUACACAGAAUUCUAUGUGAUUAAUGGAAACUUAAUUCAAUGCAUCAUUUUAUUGUACUAGUUCUUAAGCUUGUCUUAUUAUUUUUUUUUCUAGGUGACUGUGGUUUCUUGUGAUUUUUAUUGUAUAAAUGAAAUGGCUGUUGAUGCUUAUUCCUUGUUACUAAGAAUUUUUACCUUUUUGGAAAAACAGCAUUGCUAUGAACUAAUAAAUUUAAGACUUCAGUUACUCAUUGUAAAUACAGUAUCGUGCAAAAAAAAAUUUUUCCCAUUCAUUUGAAUUGAUAGUGUUAAUUGAAUUUUGUCUAGACACCAUUUCUGUUGAUGAAAUAAAGACAUACCAAUAUGUAUUGUA